CUGGGACAACUUACAUCUUCGGGCGAGGCGGAGCCCUCAUCACAUAUACCUGGCCACCCAAUGACCGGCCGAGCACACGGGCAGACCGGCUGGCAGUGGGCUUCAGCACGCAGCUGAAGGAGGCCAUCCUGGUCAGGGUGGAGAGCGCCAAGGGACUGGGAGAUUACCUGGAGCUGCACAUAGAACGGGGAAAGAUCGGCGUGAUCUUCAACGUGGGAACGGACGACAUAACCAUCGAGGAGAGCGCGGUGAUGGUGAGCGACGGCAAAUACCACGUGGUGCGAUUCACACGCAGCGGUGGCAACGCCACGCUACAGGUGGACAACCAGCCGGUCAUCGAACGUUUCCCCUCAGGGAACUUUGAUAAUGAGCGCCUGGCUAUUGCUAGACAAAGAAUCCCAUACCGACUUGGUCGGGUAGUUGACGAGUGGCUACUCGACAAAGGUCGCCAGUUGACCAUCUUCAACAGCCAGGCGUUCAUCAAAAUCGGUGGUGGAGAAAAGGGGCGCCACUUCCAGGGCCAGAUCUCAGGCCUGUACUACAACGGCCUGCAGGUGCUCAAACUGGCAGCUGAAGGCGACCCCAAUGUCCAGACCCAGGGAAACCUGCGGCUGGUGGGUGACGUGCCCUCAGUGCUGACUACUGACACCACCUCCACCACCCCGCUGGCUGAUAUGUCCACCACAAUCAUGGAGACAACCACCACCAUGGCCACAACCACCACCCGCAAACAGCGCUCGCCCACCAUGAGGGACAGUGUCACACAGAAUGCGGAUGACCUCUUGGUAGCAUCAGCUGAAUGUCCUAGUGAUGACGAAGAUUUGGAGGAGUGUGAGCCUGGAAAUGGAGGUGAAUUAGUGUUGCCCAUUAUUACGGUGGACUCCCUAGACCCCCCAUCCAUCGCCACCCGCUACCCAGUAAUCCCCCCACCCCCCACCACCUAUCGCCCCUUCCUCACCCUGCUCGAAACCACCAAAGAGUCCCUCCCCUUACCCAACGGCCGGCCUCCCUGCCCUUUGGACCAGGAGGACUGCGAGGAGACCAUCGAGGUGUCGGCGUACGGCUCGGGGGAGAUGACUGAGUCGGAUGACGAAGACUAUUACAAAAACUCGCCCCUGGUCACCGACAGGACUGUCCUCCCCCCUCCCCCGGCCGUCGAGGGUGGCGUCCAGAUCCCCCGAGACCGCCACUUCUCCCGCUUCCCCAACUCCCACCGCCCACCUCUCUCCUCCACCCCCACGGCCAACCCCGACCAGCUCAGCCCGCGCAUCAAGCCGGCCGGCGGCGGCAGCAGUAGUAGUAGCAACAACAACAUCCCCGCCGGGAAAAUGAACACCCGGGACCAGGUGCUGCUGCCGCCGGCCCACCCCUCGUCAGAUCCAGGCCACCGCAGAGUACCGGGAAUAACCUACCCCCCAAAUUUCCCUCAUGUUCCCACUCCAGACCCCACGUCUCCAGAGAGAGGGCUCCCGGGUGCCGUGGAGGUGCAGCAGUCCAGCAGCACCACUGGGAUGGUGGUGGGCAUCGUGGCGGCUGCUGCCCUCUGCAUCCUCAUCCUGCUCUACGCCAUGUACAAAUAUCGCAACCGCGACGAGGGCUCCUAUCAGGUGGACCAGAGCCGUAACUACAUCAGCAACUCAGCCACGCAGAGCAACGGAGCUCUGGUGAAGGAGAAACAGCCGAGCACUGCCAAGACAGUCACCAAGAACAAGAAGAACAAAGACAAAGAGUACUACGUCUGA